AUGUCUUCUGUUUCGGACGUUCGUCAUAAAGGGGAAACUAGCAUCCGGAAUAGCGAUAACGUAGAAGAGACACCGCCAGAAGGCAUUCAAAGGCGGUAUACAUUUCACGAAGUAACUGCUAUUGCUCAACAAGUUCAACAUGUUCAACAUGUCAAGAACAUUCAAAAAGUCUACCGCAAUCACCGAGCAACACGUGAAAGAGAAGGCAAAAUUGUAUCAGCAAGGUCUCGUGAACGUUUAUCACAUUAUGAGAUAGUUAAAAAAUGGAAGCAAGUUGUAGCUGAAGCUGUUGAAAAAUCUGAUCUAUCGUUGGAAUUGAAAAGUUUAAUGCAAGAAUUGGUGGAAUCUGAUUCUUCAUUAUCAGAUUUGAAAAACAAAUUGCAAGGGUUGGUAGAAGUGGCGGCGCAGAUUGGAAAGGGGAGUGAUCAAAAAGCUCUUUGGUUAAUCUUGGAUAACGAGCAUUGGCUGGAAAUAUAUGAUGAAAAUCAUCGAUAUGGUGCAAAUUUGAAGGUUUAUCAUGAUGAAUGGUUGAAAUCUAAAACUUCUGAAAAUUUUUUCUAUUGGUUAGAUGAAGGAGAAGGUUCCACUUUAAGUCUUUCAGUAUCGCGUGAAGAACUAAACAAACAAAAAGUCAAAUAUCUCACGCAAACGGAACGAGAUGAACUUAAAGUAAUUAUUAAAGAUGGUCUUUUAUACUAUGAAGCCACUGGUGAAUUAGUACAUACAAAUCCAAGCACCAGUUAUCUAGAAAAGCAUGCUCAGGACAAAGGUUAUGACUUGAUAGAAUUAACGGGUAACUUGGAAAAAAAUGGAUCCCCAAAUGAAGAAAAUCCAGAUUUGGGUGUUGGAAACAAAGACAAGAAUCGCACGGACAAAAAAGAUGUUGAUGCGCCAUUUCUAAGUGUAGGAUCAAAGGGAGGAGAGGACGAUAUGUCAAUGAUAAGUCACGAUUCAGGUGGAGAAUUAAAACACAAGUGGAUCUAUGUAACAGAUUGUAAAGAUAAUUUAUAUGUUCAUGAAAAAAUCAAAGGACAUUUUCAUCAUUCAUCAUUUCUUGCUGGUGGAGCAAUUUGUGCAGCUGGGGGAAUCAAAGUUUAUCAUGGAAAAUUACUUGAAAUAAAUCCGAAAAGCGGCCAUUAUAAACCAGGAGACAAACAUUUUGAAGCGUUGGUAGAACAUUUAAAGGGUAAAGGACUGGAUACCACCUAUACUGAGAUCAUUAAUCCAAGUAAGAUACUUGAAGAUAAAUUAAAAAAUAAAUACCAUUCCAAACUUGUGGCUCACGUCAAAAUGAAUUUUGACCUGUUUAUAAAAAAUGUUGAAACGGUUGCAUCUAAGAGAAUGGAUGAGUUUGAUCGUAUUGUCACGAAAGCAGAAAAUAAAACACUUAAAAAAUUCCAAGAGUUUACAACGAAAGAUACCACAAAUCACGAAAAAGAAAAUGGGGCGAAAAGAAAAGAAAAAGACGAAGAAAUUAUUCAUGAAAAUAUUGUAAUUGAGUCGAAAACAGCCACCGUUACUGCCACAAUGGCAAUGACGGAGGAGACGACGGCGGCGACGACAACAAUAACGACAAAUAUUACAAACGGUAAUAACACGGUAAUAAAGGAAGAGGAGAAAAAGGCCAAAAGAUCCAGUGGUUUUGCAGAGUUUUUUGCACAGGUUUCUACAAUUUUCGGAAAAGAAAAAGACAAAAGUGCAAAAAAUAAUAACGUAAAUCAAAAUAACUCCCAAAACAUCCUAGAAGAUGAAAUUUCAAAUCAUUCAAGUCAUUCAAAUCGUUCAAGAGGAAAACAAAAAAAUUCCUUGCUUUCUACCCUUUUUGUAAGCUCUCGUCACGAAGAACGAAAACAAUAA